AUGAACGACAUGAGUCACACGCACAGCUCAGAAGUGCACGCCGUCCGUGCAUGCUACUUCGAAGACGGCGUCGACCUGAUCGCCAUCGGCGGCACCCACACCGUGGAAGUCCUCCUAAUCACAGCGACGUCUUGUCACUCUGUCGCUACGUUCGAAGUCGGGACACGUGUCACCGGGCUCGCGUGGUCUCCAAACACCGUCUCGCCAUCCGCAAACACUGAAUGGGUGUUCGAACUGGUAGCAGCGGGAGAGGAGUACUCGCUUUUCCUGUUGACUAAAACGUCGACCAAUGGGGAGCACGUCUUCGUGUUCGGCGGAGGUCUGAGCGGCCACCACGGCAAAAUCAACGACAUCACCUUCUGCGGAGGCCUCAAAGAGUAUAGCACGCGAUACGUAGCCACCGUCUCUGAUGACAAAAACCUCAUGAUCUGGGACCUCUACCCUGAUCGACCUUCCGUCUCCAAGAGGGCAGAGGACAAGUCACUCUACCAAGAGGUCGUCAUGACUGAUGAAAAUAACCGUGCCAUCCCGACGGCCAUCGUAAUCACCUUCAAGCACCGACUCACAUCCAUCAGCGCACAUCCGACCGCGAGCACGGAGCUGCUCAUCGCGGACUGUCGCGGGAACGUGUACCUGACCGACUGGGAGGCCUCUCCAGAGGACCAAGAGGACGAGUGGCGGAACGGCAGCGUCGUCGAGUUGCUCGAUCCCCGCACCCUCGCGGAUACUCGCAAAGCCUUCCACGGGAGCGCCGCGUGGCGAUGGGACUCGCCCGACAUUGUUGGUGCGCUCUUUGGCUCGAGGUUCUCCCUCUGGGAUCUCGGGAUCACCCAGGGCGGCAAGCCGCGACUCGCCGGGGUGAGCUUCCCCGAAGGCGGCCACCUAUUCAGAUGGUGUCCGACGCACCCAGAAUACUUCGCCAUCUCGGCCAUCUCGCCAGCGAGAGGCGCGGUGAUCAACAUCCACAACACCUCGUACGUCAGCGCGGCCCCCGUGGCCUUCCCGCUCGCGGCGCGCCCCUGGACCGUGCGCUCGUUCGACUUUAUCAUGAGCCAUGGUGUGCCUAGGAUCGCCGCGGCGGUUGGGCGCGAGGUGAUCAUAUUUUAUAUCGGUGUUGAGUCAUAGGCCCUAGUAGGAGGUUUCUCAGAACGAUCGACGAGCGUGCUGCAUAUAUUGCUGUGUGUAUAUCCUGUCUCAUCAUCCUCAUAUAUCGUUGUUCUUGGCUUUCCUACCGGACUGUAAUUUCGAACUGCACUCUGGAGACCGUGUACGAGACAGGAAUCCGGCAGAAAGUGCAUAACUCGCCAUCACCCAGCCGCAUCCCACCGAUCGUCGAUCGCCUCCGUCUAUAAUCGUCCAUGCCGCCGGCGUUCAUCUCAGGCUCAAAAAAAUCCACAACAGCAC